AUGCUAAUUAAGAUCAGUCCAGCGGUUCUUCAGGCCAAAUUGGCCGACGCCGACCAGCAGAGGAACCCGAUCCGCUCUAUUGAUCUGCACGAAGUUGCAGCGAUCAAUCGGGUCAAUCACCGCCGAGGCACCCAGAUCGAACAGCAAUUCGAGAUCCUCGAGAUGCGCUUGCAGGAACUUGCUGAUGAUCUGGACAAUGCCAAAGGCAAGUCUACCGCCCUCGAGAGUCUGAAGAAGAGACUCUCUGAGGAAUGCAAUGACUGGUUCCAACUGCGCCAAGCAGUGAAUGCUUCCGAGUUCAACAGGCGCCAACAGCAAGUGCGCUUCGCCGAUGGCCAGAGCUUCCUUCAAGAGCUCAUGCGCAAAUUGCCAAAGAUGCACAGCAACACUAUGCAGGGCACAACAGGAUGCCAGGUUUCUACUGCUAGUGCACUAAUCAAUAACCCAGUCAGCAACUCCCUCUAUGGCGCCUACAGGUUGCGACCUUGCGCCUCAGAAACUCGACAACCGCGUGAGAACCAGCAACGCCCCGAACCCGUACAAUUCCAAGAACAGCAGACUCGUUCGCUUUGA